AUUGCCUCAGCAAGUCUCUGCCACAAGUCGGAGAUCUAGUUCCAACCACGGAGAAACUUCCCGCCAAACAGCAUGAGAUCGCACUUGGCCGGCUGCCGCAUCGCCACGCUCGUCCUCGCGACGAUACUCUUCGAAUGCGCGAGGAUCACGAUCGCCAUACGCGUCACGCAGCUGUCAGGCAGGAAGAGCGACGUGGUCUCCGACCAGACACCAGCGUCAUCCUUCUGGACACCCACUAUUAAGACGGGCAACAUCUUCACCGACGAUACCACCAACUUCUUCCCCUCGAGUCAUGGCCUGGUGCAAAGUCAUCCGCCGACCGGUAACGUGUUUCGAAGUGGUUUCGGCGGGAUCGACAAUCUUGGCAGUCGGGGGGUGACUGUCAGACCACCAAGGACGAGACCCCUCGAUUACAGCGAGCGAUCCACGGCUGAAUUGCGCCGAAAUCCGGCGCUUUCCUCGCCGGACGAGUGUGCCAGAGCUUGCCGCGAGAACGAACCACCUAGGAUAUGCUAUUACCAUUUCACCCUCGAGUAUUACACCGUCCUUGGGGCCGCGUGCCAAAUUUGCACCCCUAACGCCACUAACGUGGUCUGGAGCGAUUGUCAAUGCGUGUUGGCAGAUGGAGUGGAACGGGGUAUUUUGACAGCGAACAGGAUGAUACCUGGGCCCAGUAUCCAAGUCUGUCAAGGUGACAAAGUCGUGAUCGACGUGGAGAAUCACAUCGAAGGUAUGGAAGUUACCAUUCAUUGGCACGGCGUAUGGCAGAGGGGCUCUCAAUACUACGAUGGCGUACCAUUCGUGACACAGUGCCCCAUUCAAGAGGGUAGCACCUUCAGGUACCAAUGGACUGCUGGAAACGAAGGUACGCACUUCUGGCACGCCCACACAGGAUUGCAGAAAAUGGACGGUCUGUACGGAAGCAUAGUGAUACGUCAACCGCCUAGCAAAGAUCCUAACAGCAAUCUUUACGACUACGAUCUCACUACCCAUGUCGUUCUCAUCAGCGACUGGUUCCAUGAGAACGCGGCUGAACGUUUCCCCGGCCGGCUGGCGGUUAACACUGGCCAAGCGCCUGAAAGCGUGUUGAUAAACGGAAAAGGCCAAUUCAGGGAUCCCAACACCGGUUUCAUGACGAACACGCCACUCGAGGUGUUCACCAUAACUCCCGGUCGUCGUUAUCGUUUUCGACUGAUCAACUCGUUUGGAUCGGUUUGUCCAUCCCAGAUCACGUUCGAAGGUCAUUCCCUCACCAUAAUCGCGACCGACGGAGAGGCGGUGCAACCAGUCACAGUGGACACGAUCAUCUCGUUCUCUGGAGAAAGAUACGACUUCGUGAUAAACGCGGAUCAACCGGUAGGCGCGUAUUGGAUCCAAGUUCGUUCACUGGGAGAAUGUGGUAUACCUCGUGCUCAACAGUUAGGUAUAUUGAGAUAUGCUCGUGGUCCGUACCAACCGACCACCACUGCGCCCACUUACGAUUUUGGCCUUCCGCAGGGUGUUGUAUUGAAUCCACUGGACGCGAUCUGCAAUCGUCAACGCGAGGACGCGAUUUGCGUGAGCCAAUUGAAGAAUGCUCGUCAAAUUGACCAAGGAAUUCUCCAGCAGCGUCCAGACGUGAAGAUAUUCCUGCCAUUCCGUUUCCUCUUCUACAGGCCAGAAGAAGUCUUCCAGCCGCAAACCUAUAAUCGAUUCUUGGUCGCACCGACCGGAGAUCACGUAAUCUCUCUCGUCGAUGAAAUCUCGUUCACAUUUCCGCCGGCGCCUCCGCUUUCGCAAAUCGACGACAUCCCGCCCGAACAGUUUUGCAAUGGCGAUAACAGGCCAGCCGACUGUGGCGCCAACUGCAUGUGCACCCAUCAGGUCGACAUCCCGCACAACGCGGUCGUCGAAGUGGUCCUCGUCGACGAAGUCCAACAGCCGAAUCUGUCUCAUCCAUUCCAUUUACACGGAUACGCUUUCAACGUGAUCGGUAUUGGCCGUUCCCCGGACAAAAAUGUGAAAAAGAUCAAUCUGAAACACGCGUUGGAUCUUGAUAAGAGAGGUCUGCUCAACCGACAGUUCAAUCUGCCACCUGCCAAGGACACCAUCGCCGUACCUAAUAAUGGCUACGUCAUUUUCCGAUUCCGCGCUGAUAAUCCCGGAUACUGGUUGUUCCACUGCCACUUCCUCUUCCACAUAUUGAUCGGAAUGAAUUUGAUACUUCACGUCGGGACCCACGCCGAUCUUCCCCCAAUACCGCCAAAUUUCCCCAGAUGCGGGGACCACUUACCGACCAUCACGCCGCCAUCGCUGUCGCUCGACUCGUUUCACUGA